AUGGGGAAGCAUCGCUCGCGAAGCCCGGUAAAGGAAGCUCGGGCGUACCCACAGCGAACAGUAAAAAGAGGAAGAAGCAUCGAGGCCAGUCCGAUUGGUCGCAACGAUGUUACCGCGACAAACGUCAGCGAUAUCGGCGAUUUCGGUAUCGCUGAUGAAACCGAAAAUGCCAGCCGAAAUGCGGAAAUCGUCAAACUACCACCGGUGGUAGUGAAAAAUGCACCUCUAAACACGCUCAUCGCUAGCUUCACGUCCAUGGGCAUUAAAGUUGAGUUCAAACUCAGUAGAAUCGGAAUAAAGGUGAUGUUCCGCACGAAAGCGGAAUGCGAGCUGGCCACAUCAUACCUGAAGAAGUCUAACGCGGAAUUCUUCACUCACGAUAUCCCAGGCGAGAAGCCCUUCAAAGUGGUCAUCCGAGGUUUACCGAGCUUUGACCCGAAGUUAAUCGAAGCGGAAAACAAGGACCGGUACAAGUUGGCCCAACUGCCGUCUAAGGGAACGGUGACGCUCAAUGCGUUAAAGGCCAUCCGCUCUAUCAAUUCCAUCAUUGUCCGAUGGGAGCCAUACCGUGGCGGCCGUCACGACGUCACCCAGUGUCAACGUUGCCUGAAUUUUGGGCACGGCACCCGAAACUGCUACAUGAAGCCGCGCUGUGGCAAAUGCGCCCAAAACCAUGUCUCCUCCGAGUGUGAUGUCGACGAGUCGUAA